GUAAGAAAAAAAUUAUCUCCGACCAUUUUAACCCAAAAUAAGUGAAGGACCAGAACAACUCAUGGAAGAGAGAAGGGGGGUGUAAAAAUAACACCCAAACCACAUUCAAGCGCCAUGACAAACCCCUCAAAUUUACUACAAAAACUUGAAGUACAAAGAGAGGAGAGUAUAGUCUAAGGAGCAUUGUAAAAACAAAGGAUUUGUUUAUAUUAAAAAUCACCAAAAAUAUGAUUCUAAACAAAAAAGAAUAUUGGAGAACUUCAUAUUACAAGUGCAAUGUUCAGGCCACUUGAUCCCUACAUAUCAGGAACCGAAAGUCCAAUGUGCUCGGUAACCUGUAUGUCGUAGAUACAUGGAAACCAGACCAUAUAUAUACAACUUUACAACAGGACGAAUUGAUGAAAAACUGGACAUAUAUGCAGAUUGUAUUGCAAAAAUGCAGAUAAAAAUAAAGUUCAGAAACAGGGUACACGUGCUGCCAAUAACACAGCUAGUGUAACGGAGAACAAUCUAUCAAAUCCUUGUACAAUACACGUGUCCUUGCAAUCAUAAUCUAUGAAAUACAUCAAUUGCCAUUUUUCUAAACAUUCCUAAAAGCCCUUUAAAGUGAUAUGCUCAUUUCAAGAUGUUAAAUGUUGGAAAAUGGCUUCUAUAUGCUCAAAUAUAUACUUUAAACUCAUCAUCUGAAUAAAAUACUGAAAAUAACAACUGUCUUAUUACAUGAAAUCAGUGAGCUGUAUCCAAUUAAACAUUAGGGCCAUCUAAUAAAUUAAUUCAAUGACAUGUAACCAGUACUAACUUUUGCUUUGUGUUAGUUAAGCAAAUACAGAGCAUCAAUUUCGGUUUUGGGACAUUUGAUAGAUUUAUAAACUGCUAAAUUGAAAUAUGAUUAUAAGUUUUUUAAUGACGAAUCUGAAAACGCAAAUCAAAUAGGUUCCAAUUUAGUGUACCUUAUUAAUUGUGUUAUGAAUUGCAAACACCAUAGCUGCAGUUGGUGGUGGUGAAACUAGAAUUCGGAGUCCGCUCUUGGUUCUGUACGCGUGCAAAAUAUGCGUCUUCUUCUUUGGGCCCACUACUAUUCAUUCUCUCAUGGUUGAUGAUGAUUCUUGAUUACGGUUCAGAGAAAAAAAAGAAAAAGAGAAGAGAGGAGCAGAAGAUGGAGGCAUACACGACAAAGGAAGGGAGAGCCGAGAAACCCCGUGCCAUCUCCCCUCCAAAACCAAAAACCAGUACUUUAUUCAGAUGGUUGACCUGCCAUGGGAGCGCACCCGCCAUGGCAAAGGUCGCUCAGAACAAUAGUACCUAUGCAUCACAUUUAAACGAUCCCUAUUGCCUCGUCUCUACCUAUAUACAAGCGCAUCAUCAUCAUGCUCUUGCAUACUGUAAUUAAGAGUGCAACAGAUACGGAGUAUAUCUCAACAUAACAUUGAAUGAACCGUUUUAUUUAACCUUGAUCAUCCCCAGCAGUCUUCGUCCCUGAGAUCUUCCGAUCCAGGCGAGAACCAUCGCGCUCAAACAGAAGCCUCCCAGCCAGAUCUAUCUCUUCAAACCAUAACCAGAUCUAAUCAAAAACCUGCCAACCACCAUCAACACACAACGAUAUAGAACAUAGAACAAAAGAAGAAUACAUAUCAAACUCGACCGAUAGAUCAACCAAACCGUCCUCAAACAGAUGUAAAUGGAAUCAGACCACUAAUCAGAACACAAAAAUAACACCUAAUAUACCGUCGGUCGGCCGAUGAUGAACGAACAGCAACCUGAGAUCUGGCUAAUCCUCCAACGACCAUCGAACAGAGCCAAGGAAGAACAAAAACUCUAUAGAUCUAAGGAACAAGGAUUACAGAUCUGGGAAGAAAAGAUUGAGCGGCUACGGGCUUCCCGUGGAAUGGAAUAAGAUUAGGGUUGAGGU